AUGAACGAAUGUAAAGGUAAUACGUUGAUCAUUUGAUUAGAAGUUCAACCUUACCAUAUUCACUAUGGUUAAAUGUAACAUAGGUUUUUUAAUUUUUUGGGUUCACUUACGUUUUGCUGUAUCUUCGUUUGAAGAGCGAACGCAUCGAUUUGAGGUCUUGGAAGGUAAGUUUUAUACUAAACAGUUAACCUGGGAAGGCAAAGACUAGAGGUUAGGUUAUAGCUAGGGGUUAGGUUAAAGUUUAGGCUAUAACUUAGGCUAUGGUUUCUGCUAUGGCUUAAGCUAUGGCUUAGGCUAUGGCUUAAGUUACGGCUUAGGCUAUCGCUUAGGCUAUGGCUUAGGUUAAAGUUUAGAUUAGGACUAUAAGGUAAAUUUGUUUUUUGUUAAAAUAAACCUUUUUAGAGCAAACCCCUCCAAUUUUCGUUGGUAACAUUGCUUUAUCUUCAAACAAAACCUAUCGUGUAUCAGCUUCUGCUGAAGUCAGAUGCCUUCUUAAUAUUGAUUUGAAAACUGGUGAUAUAAUAACUAACGUUGUUAUUGAUAGAGAAAGCUUGUUGGAUGGAGAUGUCUUGAAAUUAAAAUUGAUUGAUGAAACUUCAACUCGAAUUGAACUUGUUGAAGUUUUGGUUUUGGAUAUCAAUGACAAUUCACCUGAUUUUGGAAUUGAUGAAAAGGUAAGGUGAUUUUGAAUUAAGGUAGGGUGAAGUAGGAUAGGGUACAAUAGGGUACGGUAAUAUAGGGUAUGAUGUUUAAUUUUCGUCCAACCGUUUUUUCAGGUUUUCGAAGUCUCCGAAGCGGCGACAGUGGGUUCAAAGUUAAUGUUACCAUUAGCUGUGGAUAAAGAUGCUGGUAAAAAUGGCACGAUAGUCGAAUAUGGUCUACUUUCGAAUUUUACAAACUUUAAAAUAGUGAAUACGGAAGAAACGUUGUAUUUGACGUUGAUGGAAGGUUUGGAUCGAGAAGCUGUAGAUAAAUAUACUGUCACCGUUCAUGCUAAAGAUGGUGGUUUGCCUCAACGGUAAGGUUUAAAAAAAUUGGUGUAUAUGGCUAUUAGGCUUGUAAAAAGGCGUAAGCUAAUUUUUUGAAACCUUAGUCUAGGUUUUGGUCCCUCCCUUACGUGUGACGACUCGACCCGGACUAGACAUGGGAAACCGGCCAAGCCAGGCUUGAGCAAAAGGUCGGGCCAGGCCUGAAAUCCCAAAAAAUGUUGGCCUGGUCCAAAAAGCCCGAAAAAGUCUGUUCCGUUUGCACGUAAAAAGUUUGGGCCGAGCCGGACCUGAACAAAAGAUCGGGCCGGGCCUAAAAAGUGGCCCUGGCUCGUUUUCCAUCUCUAGCCCGGACCUUUUUACAAUUGUUGAGGCCUGACCGGCUCCUUUAUAUAAAGUUACUUUUAAGUAAAUAGCUUUAAGAUCAGAUUUGUUUUACACUUUUGAAAGUCAAAUCUUCCGUUGCGGGACCUAAGUUGAGCUCCUGCGGCUUUGGAUUGAGAACUUCUUCUUUUUGCUUACAUGUGUUAACCCGGCUUGGUCUUUUUUAAAGUUGCUUUGACAAAGGGUGUCCUAAGCAGAGUUCAAGUCAGUCUACAGCCGGGCCGAGCAUAGUUAUUAAUUUUUUUUAUUAAAAAAUUGAUUUUAAAAAAAUUUUUUUGAAUUUACCGUAAGCACAAGCGUAUUUUACAGAACAAACAUCCUACCGAUAACAGUUCAUGUUGUUGAUGUGAACGACAAUGCUCCGAUUUUCGACCAAGUUUUGUAUGAGUUUACUUUGCCAGGCAAUAUUAGUACUGACCAUGAGUACAUCGUUGGUCAAGUAAAAGCUAUUGAUAAAGAUAUUGGAAGAAAUGGAAAUAUAUCUUAUUUUAUAUUUAAUGGUAACAAGAAUGGAGUUAAAAUUAAUGAAAAUACUGGACAAAUCUUUGUUGAGGUAAGGGCUGUGGGCUUAUUAUGCUUAGAUUGCUGGUAGCAUUUUUUUUUAAUUUCAUUAUUUUAGGUAUCAAAUUUUGAAGGUAAAGACACUGAACUUACUGUAGAGGCCGUGGAUCAUGGCAUAGUGCCAUUGAAAAGUCAGUCUUUGGUUAAAAUACAUUGUGAUAACUCAAAGUUAGCCACGAUGCCUAAAAUUAAUAUACGGUAAGUGGUAAAUUACAGUAAACUUUUUGCUAAGCAAAUUUUUUUUUAAUUAAAAUUUCAAAAAAUUUAAAAUUUAAAUUAAAAUUUUAAAAAAUUUUAGAUUUUUCAAUUUUAGAACUUACCCACCAGGUCAAAACUACUCUGUAGUUUCACAAGACGCUUCGCAUGGUGUCACAGUAGCUGUUCUUACGUUCGGUAAUUUAAAACCGUCUAAUGUUGGCGUCAUAGGUCACACCAACAUAUUUUACAUAGAAAACGGAAGUGAUUAUGCCAUUUUGAGAGUCAAAAACAUGAGUUUGGCCGUUCUACAGAAGGCUUAUGAAAUGGAGAUAGUAGCUGAUUUUGAAGGUGUAAAGAUUAGUAGGAAUCUUACUGUAAGUUUUUUUUAUUUCUUUUUGUUUUAGCGUAAAUCCCUAGCCAUGGUCUUAGCUCAAUGCCUUAGCCCAGAGAACUAACCCAGAGCCCUAGCCCAGAGCCCUAGACUAGAGCCCUAGCCCAGAGCCCUAGCCCAAAGCCCUAGCUUAGAGCCUAGCCGGGAGACUUUUCCCUAGUUCUAGCCUAGAGCCUUAGCCUUAACUUUAGCCUGCUUUUACCUACCGUACCUAUAUCUAUUGUACCCUUACUCAGUGUAGCUUUAAUUACUGUAUUUUUAACUACUGUAGCCUUACGUACUGUACCUUUGCUCGUCGUAAUUUUUUUUACCUGUUGCACUCUUACCUGUAUUCUUAUUUACCGUAUCUUUGCCUACCGUAAUGUAUAGCUGAUUUUUUCUAUUCUGGAUUUGUCUUAACUUUUACCGUAAUGCCCUAUUCUUACUUUACUUCUAUUGCUACAAUUUAUUUUACUUUUGUAGGUAUACAUCCUAGACAAGUUUGACUCACCACCAAGAAUCCUUCAACAAAAUCAAACUAUCUUCAUUCGAAAUCGACCGGUCAUAAACCAAGAGUUAGCUUUAAUUACCGUACAGCCUUCUGCAUCUGAUUACAAUUUUGAAUUACUGAAUUACAAUAAUGAAUUCAAGGUUGACUCUGUAAUUGGCGUGGUGUAUCUUAAAAGUAACAAUUUGACAAAAUCUCGGUACGAGUUAAAGAUUAAAGUCAAGAAUCCAGUACCAUCGUUCCAAUGCUCAUUUGCUUAUGUUAUUGUCAAUGUGAAUAGAAGUGGGUAUGAUGAAGUGGAGUUUGGAAAGAAAGUUUUUGUUUUUGAGGUAAGAUUGGUAUUGAUUAACAUAUUUUAUUACAGAAGGAGGGGGGGGAGAAAGGUGAUAGGUGUAGAGAAGAGAGAGGGAAGGGGGAUGACAGGGGUAGGAGGGGUUGGCACGGCACCCUGAACCAAUAGAAAUGAAAAGCAUUCCUUUUUUGACAUUUCGCCGCGCCACGGUUGAUUUUUUAGGAAAAAAAAUACCGAAAUUGUAAAAACAUUUUUAUGAAUGGAAUAUGAGAUAAAAAAUAUAGUAUAUUUAUUAAAUAUGCGUUCUGCUCGUUUUCGAAUUGACCGUUCUUCAUUCCAUAUAAAUUCUGAUUGAUCUGAGGAUGAAGAAUAUCAACAUCCAAUUCCUUACAAAUUUUAAUUUACAACAUCCUGAAUUUACACAUGCUGCAUCAGUAAAAAAUUACGAUUAAAAUAGUACCAAAAACGUCUAUUUAAAUGAAAUACUUUGUCACAUUGAAAAGCUUGCUUUCCGAUAUUAUAGUAGACCAUCUGAUCAUUUUUGUUUUAAAAAAACUUUUAUACUUUCCCUUUCGAUAUAUAGUCAAACCUUUUAUUAAAAAUUAACAUUUCUGUUAUGAUCUUGCUAAAUCAAACCUAAAACGUGAGAAAACAAUAUAAAAUACUUACCAAGGAUCCGCCAAACUCUAUCUCUAAUAUAAAACAUCUAACAAAGUAUUAUACGGUCAAAUUAGCUAAAUCAACAUGUUUGACUGCGUAAUAAUUUGAUAACCGUUUCUGACAUAAAUAGUUUUUGCCACAUUUUGCACAAAAUAGUAGAAUAAGUUUCGACAUUAGACGAAAAACCGACCGAAAAAUAAAAAAACACCGGAAAACGAAAUGAAACAAAUUAUCGGAAAAGGGAUCGAUAACGAUUCUCUAUUUUGACUGAGCGUUCGGUUCAGGGUGCCGUGGUUGGGGGUGAUAAACUGGUCAGGCUCACUUUGAAGGCCCAGCCAGGCCGAAGGCCCAAGAUUAAGGUUGAACCUGUUUUAUUUUUAAAACCAAGAUGGCCCGGUUCGACCUGAAUUUUUUUACGUGCAAACAGGUCGGGCUUUUUCAUGGCGGGCCUGACUUGAUUUUCAAGCCCGGCUUGACUUAAAUUUAUUUAGCUCAAGGCUAGCCCGGCUCGUUUUUCUCCCCUAGUAGGCGAUGAAGAAAGAAUAGAGGAGAAAAGAGAUGGUUCAGGCCUUGUAGAUAACUACAAUAUCAGAUUUGGUCCAUACUUUUCGCAAGUCAAAUGAUUUGUUGCGGGACCUAAACUGAGCAUUUGAUACCUUUAUAUCGGCUUGGUUCUGAGGCCUUUAAGACCUAGCUCAACCCGGUUUUUUUUAUUUUUGUUUGUUGUAGCUUGCCUCGGCCCGGAGCCAACCUUAGUUUAUAAAACUGAUUUUUUUACAAACUGCGACUCAAUAACGUACUUUACAACAAAUUUUGACGAAACUUAUUCUUUACAGACUCCAGAAGACACUCCAGUAUCACUUCCAAUUGGAAAAAUUGAUUUAAAAUUGGAUUCUUCAAGGCUUGUGGAACAUUUUUCAAUUUUAAUCAAAGAAGAAGAUGAUGGAGAUGAAUUCAGAAUAGAAGAUGGCUUAUUAUACUCUAAAGUAAACUUGGAUUAUGAAGAAAAAGAGUUUUAUUUGUUUGAACUUGAAUUGGUGAACACGAUGACGAAAGAAGUUGUGGAUAGGGCUAAAGUCAUGGUUAUUGUUAGUGUAAGUGCUUUUUAGUUUUUGAAAAAAAAAUUGUUUUGAUUUUUAAAGUUUUAAGGACAGAGUACUAGUUAGGGCCUAUCAGUUAUAAGAAUUUGUAAGAAUACAUAAUUAAAUAGCUACACUUUUCGCAAAUAAAAUCUUUCGUUGCGGAACCUGAGCUAGAACUUUUUAGUUUGAUUUAGCCUCUGGCCUAGUAGUCUUGAUUUAGCCUCUGGCCUUUGGGCCCACAUAUACCGGCCCGGUCUUGCAUUUUUAUUUAUUAUAAAAUUGCUUAUGCUUUAGGCUUAGAACUAAGAGUGUAGGGCUUUUCUCCUAGGCCGUACGGUAGGAUAGGGUAGGGUAAGGUAGGGUAGGGUAGGAUAAAAUAGGGUAGGGUAGGAUAGGGUAUGGUAGGGUAUGGUAGGGUAGGGUAGGGUAGGGUAGGGUAGGGUAGGGUAGGGUAAGGUAGGGUAGGGUAGGGUAGGGUAGGGUAGGGUAGGGUAGGGUAGGGUAGGGUAAGGUAGGGUAGGGUAGGGUAGGGUAGGGUAGGGUAGGGUAGGGUAGGGUAGGUUUUUAAGCUUUUUUUCUGUUUUAGGACGUCAAUGACAAUACUCCUUACUUCCACGAACAAACCGCUCAUCUAGCCUUAUCUAUCAAUGAUGCAUUGCCACGUGAAAUCUACACAUUCAAAGCUCAUGACAAUGACAAAUAUGACACUUUGGACUACGUACUCCUUGAUGCACCAGUCGAAAACUUUGAUUUAAAAUCUUUGAAUGAAGGCAUUUUGAUUUUAAAAUCAGUGAAAAACUUUCAAAAUAUUGAAAAAAUUGUAAUCGGAGCCAAAGACAAGGUUGGACAUGAAAGUAGCAACAAUUUGACAGUUUUUAUUCAUUGGAUUGGGGAUUCCAAGCUAGUUCCAAAAUUUCUGGAUGAAGUUAGAGUGUUUGGAGUUGAGGAGAACGAGAGAGCCGACUUUUAUUUGGGCAAGAUUGAUGUUGGACUGAAGGUAGGUUAUAAUAAUAUGGGUGAUAAAGAAUGAAGUUUUAUUAGGCUUUACCAUGAUGUUAGGUCUCAAGAUUUUGUAUGAGGCUCUUUAUUAGUACUGUUUAAUACUAAAUAGUACUGGAUUUUAAAAAAUCUCGUUUUAAACUUGAGCAGUACUAUAUAGCACCAAGCUGUAUAAUUUUUUUAUUUUUUUUGUUUCAUGGUUUAUUUUUUGUUUUAUGGUAUUAUUUAGUACUAAAUUCGUUUUUUAUAAUACUAAAUAGUACUAAGCUGAAAAACUCAAAACUUUGAAAUUUUAUGUUUUUCAGUACUAGAUAGUACUGAAACAUAAAUCUUGUUUUCUGUACUUUUUGAUACUCAGUAGGACUAUAUAGUACGGAAUUUUAUUCUUAUUCGAUGCCACAAACCACAAAAGUUUACAUCUUUAAAUUUCACGUGCUGUUUAGCACUAUUAAGCUGUCUUAAAUCUUUUUAAUUUUUUUUGUGUUCUAGUACUAUUUAAGACCAUCAACGUACUAAAAAAUUUUCAUAUUUUUUAUUUUUUCAAAUUCAGUGCUAUAUAGCACAAAAUCCCAGUACUACAUAUAUACGAACCAAAACUAGUUUUCAGCCGUAAAAUGUCAUUUUCAGAACCUCAACUUUACAAUAAUCGACCAAAACAUGGAUAAUAUUAGAAUCGACGCCUCCGGUAAUCUAUACACAAAGUCAGUCUUUGACUACGAAUUGACCAAAGACCUGCCAUUUGUAGUGCUAAUUCAAUCACCUGACUUUACAGUAACUCAACGAUUUCUUUUACUGAUAUUCGAUAUCAAUGACAAUGCUCCAAAUUUUAAAAAUUCGACUAAAAUAAUCGAAAUCGACCGAAAAUAUCCGAAAUUGGCUCCGAUUGGAAAAACGACCGCUUAUGACAAGGAUUCUAAUAGUAGUACUGUAUACUACAGUAAAAGCGAAUUUGGUACUAUUGAUGGUACUAAUGGACUUAUUUGGAUCAACGAGAAGAAGAUUGGUGAUGUAAAUGAAGUUGAUUUUAGUGUAACAGCUGAAGAUAGUGAUGAUGCUGGGCUGGGUGAAGUACAAAAUGUCAAGGUGAUAAGGAGAAACAAGGUUACUGUAAGUUUUUGAGAAUUUUGCAUAUUUUUUGUUUUUUAAAAAAAGUUCUUGCCGUUUUAAGUUUUGUAAAGAAAGUUUUUACUAUUUUGAGUUUUGUAAAGAAAGUUAUUUCUAUUUUAUUUUUUGUAGACAAAGUUCUUUCAGUCCCUUACCAUCAAGCCAAAGUACUCAAUAUUAUUGUCAUCAGAAGCAAAGAAGGCAUCAUUAUUAUUAGACUUGAAUCCACAAAACAAAGGUCGUAUUAUCACUGAAAUGACAACACAAACAGACAAUUUCAUUCUGAGUUCUGAUGGAAAAUUAAGGCUGAAAAAACUGCCAAAAGAAGAUACAAUGACUUUACUUACUGUUAGAGUUACUGAUGUGUUGUUGAAUGAGAGGUUUAAUACUGUAGUUGAAGUUUAUAUUGAGGUGAGGUUUUUUACGUUAUAUUUAGAUAUAUAUAUUUUAUAGGUAAAAUUGUAGUGUAGUUUUAAUACGAUAGCUUACUUAAAGUUACAGUAAAUCGAGAAGAAAUAGGUAUAAAGGUAAAUGAAUGUAGGGCAGAGUAAAGUCAGACAGGGCAAAUUAGGACAAAGUAACGUAGCGUAAGGCAUAAUAGGGUAUGGCAAGGCACCAUAGAGCAAUGCAAAGUAACGCUUGACAUAGUAGAACAAAGCAGGGUAGAGUAAGGUAAAGCAAGACAAGAUAAAAGAGAGCAACGAAAGGCAAGAUAGGGCAGUGUAAAACACGACAGUGUUAGGCAGAACAGGUUGUAAUGUAAAACAAGGUAAAUUAGUGCCGGGUAGAGUAGGACAGCAUGGGUAUGAUAGGGUAAGGUGGAACAGUAAAGAGUAUAAUAAGAUAAGGUAAGACAGCAUAGUUUAUGAUAAGAUACGGUAGGACAGCAUAGGGUAUGGGAGGGUAGGGUAGGGAAUAAAGAAGGAAAGCCUAUUAAAAUUAUUUUUAGCUCAAAGAUGACGUUGUUUUGAAAUGUUCCGAACGGCCGAUAACGUUAGAAACAAAUGAUAUUACACAUGAAACUAAAGUAAAACUUUCUGAUGAAUUAACUGAUAAUAAAAUGGUAAAAUACGGAUUCUUCAACAAUUUCCUACUGCUGGAAGAACAUGGAAGCGUAAGUCUUAUUGUUAAUUUAAAAAGUCAUUUUUAAACACAAUAGUUUUACGAAAAGUACCUUUUAUACCAGCCGUUUUAAUAGGUGGUUCACUUAAUAAUGUGCUCUCCAACACAAUAUACAAAAGCAUAAAAAAUUAUUUAAGUUUUCAAUUUUAGGUAACAUUUUUGGAAAUUCCAACCUCUGGAAAAUAUAACUAUAGUAUGACAAGUUUAUAUGAUAAUGCUCAAACUAUUAACUGUACUAUGACCAUUAUUUCUGAACCAAAACCUGUACCUUAUUCAUUAUCUACUUUUAAUGUGGUAAAAUCUCAAGUAAUAGCAUAUAAUUGGUCUGAUAUUGACUAUGAAGUACCAAAUUGUCGUGAAAUGUGUGGUAGUACUGAAGCAUCAUUGAAUAGUACUAGUGGUACUGUAAAUUAUGUUAGGUCUACUUACUCUACAUCAUCUACAGUAUUUCAAAAUUCAAUAUUUUUACAUUUUUCUGAAGACACAUCAACUGGUACUGUUAUUGGUACACUUUUUACUCGUGAUCUUGAUGGUAGGGUCCUUAGACCUUUAAUACCUUCUGAAGUCAGUGAAACUACCGUACAGCGUUUUGAAGUUAAUACAAAUACUGUAGAGCCUUCUGAAGCCCGUAAAACUACCGUAGAUUCUUCUGAGACCAGUAGAAACAAGAUCUCAGCAGUAACAGUUAAACAAGACCCAUACAAUUACUCAACCUACUUCAAUAUCACUCAAAAUGGUACGAUAAUUCUAUAUCGACCAGUCGAUGCAGAUGAAAAUUCAUUUUUUGUUUUUGAUUUGAAUGUGACGUAUGAUAACGAUGACGUUAAUAUUGAAGGAAGUUAUAGAACAGAAGGUGUGAAGCUAUUUAUAUUUGUGGAUGAUGUCAAUGCCAAUUCAGUAAAGUUUAAAUAUGACACAGUAAAAAGAAUUGAGGUUGAAGAAAGAAGUAAAGUUGGAGAAGUGAUAUAUGAGUUUGAAGUUGAAGAUAACGAUUUUGGUAAGACUUUACUAUUAUUUAUUCCCUACCCUACCCUACCCUACCCUACCCUACCCUACCCCACCCUACCCUACCCUGCCCUACCCCACCCUACCCUACCCUACCCUACCCUACCCUACCCUACCCUACCCUACCCUACCCUACCCUACCCUACCCUACCCUACCCUACCCUACCCUACCCUACCCUACCCUAUCCUACCCUACCCUACCUACCCUACCUACCCUACCCUACCCUACCCUACCUACCUACCCUACCUUAUCCUGCCCUACCCUACCCUACCCUACUCUACCCUACCCUUUUUGCACUAUUCUAUCGUACCCUACCUUGAUUUAUUCAGCCUUUAUUUACCUUUCCUUACUCUACUUCACCUAACUUUGCCCUGUUUUGUCCUACUAUGUCUAAAGCUACCUUACUCUGCUUUACUGCUUUGCCUUUGCCUACUUUACUUUAUCUUGGCUUGUCUUAUUCCAAUGUGCUAUCCCCAGUUUGCCCUCUAAUACCUAACCUCGCUCUAUGUUAUCAACUGGUCAUUUCAGAUUCAACUUUUUUCUUUACAAUCCACCCCUUAUCUGAUCCAAACAACACUUUUGAAAUCAAAAAUGGUCAUCUGUAUCUACAUUCGCCUCUAAAUUAUCACAAAGAAGUAUUCUACAACUUGUCAAUUAGAGUUUGCGAUGACUGUAACAAGAAUUGUGACUAUACUAACUUAGAAAUCAUAGUAAUUCCGAACGAUAUCAACUUGAAUUUGCAAAAUGAAGAUCUGAUUCAACAAUUUUUCGUUACUGAAAACGCAAAAAUUGGCCACAAAAUAGGACGUAUAGCUAUCGGGAACGUAUUUUACAAUCAUCAAGACAAUCUUAAUUUAUCAACCGGUCGAUCUAACAAUAACACUAUACGGUCCAGCGACAAUACUAAACAUUACGGUAACAAAAGACAGAUUACAGUAUUUGAAGUAGUCGAUUAUGGUAAUUCAGCCAAUUAUUUGUACCUAAACCCAGUUACUGGUGACAUCUUGGUCAAUAAUCUGGUCGAUUUUGAACAAAUUCAGCUGAUCUAUCUGAAUGUUUGUGUGAAGAUGGUUGGAAGUAAUGUUAGUGAAGUACAUUUGACUAUUAUUGUCAAUGUCGUUGAUAUUGAUGACAACAAUUUUGAGGUAAGUUUUUAAAAUUUUAAAAUUUUCAAAAAGCUAGGGCGGGCAGUGCAAGGAAAUACAAGAUAGUAUUAAGUGGGACAGGUUAGGGUAAAAUAGAAUAGAAUAAGGAAGGGUAGAGAAGCGAAGGGAAAGGAAGGGUAGGAUAAGGCAAGUAGGCCGGGAAAGGGCAGGUUAAGGUAAGACAAUGUAAAAUAAGAUAAGAUAAGAUAGUGUCAGGUAGGUUACGGUAGGGUAAAUUAGAGUAGGAUAGGAUUUGGGUAGAGUCGGGCUUCGGUAGGGUAGGGUAGGGGAGGGUAGGGGAGGGUAGGGUAGAGUAGGGUAGGGUAGGGUAGGGUAGGGUAGGGUAGGGUAGGGUAAGGUAGGGUAGGGUAGGGUAGGGUAGGGUAGGGUAGGGUAGGGUAGGGUAGGGUAGGGUAGGGUAGGGUAGGGUAGGGUAUAUGAUUAUUUGAGAGCGUUAUUACCUAAAGUAUGUAUUUUUAGGUAACAUUCCCACACCACCCAAUAAACCUAUUUGAAGAUGUUAAAAUAGGCACUUUUGUAACAAUCCUUAACAUAUCUGACGCUGAUUCAAGCUUUAAUUCAAAAGUUUUUUGCAAGAUUACUUCAGGCAAUGAUCAAAAACAAUUCAAACUUGAUCAUUCUACCAAUAUCAUUACAGUGAAUAGACCAUUGGACUACGAAAGUACUAAAGAGUACAACUUGGGUAUAUCUUGUAAAGAUUACCACGGUAGUUGGAAGGAUAAGCAUGGGUAAGUAAAACAGUUUUUGCAAGUUAACAAAUUAUGAAUUUUUUAGGUCAAUAAGAAUCAAGAUAUUUGAUGUAAACGACGAACCACCAGUAUUCGUGCGUGGAAACAAAAUUUAUAUUGAAGUUAUGGAGACAACAGUGCUUGAUGAACCUAAAUUUAUUGACUUUAUUCAAGCUAAAGACAUCGAGGAGGUAAAGCACGGCUUAAUAGAAUGCUGUAUUAUAUAAAGAUAAAUCUAGAAUGAUAUUUAGAAAAAAUUUAUGAUCAGAUAUGGUAAUUAAAAAAAAGCUAGGGCAGAGGAUAAAUAUAGCAAGAGAAGGUUAAUGAUAAGACAAUUUUAGGGUGAGGAUAAGAUAAGGGUAAGACAAACUUACAAAAAUUUUACGGCAAUUGCAAGAUAAGGGUAUCCCAAAGAUAAAACAAGAAAAAGGCUUGGGUAUAGUUAGGGUAAAAUUAAAGCAUGGGCAAAGCAACCGUAAGGCUAGGGUAAAGGAAGAGAAAUACUAUAGUAAAAAAUUAAUAAGACAAUGUUAGACAAGUGUAAGGAAGGUAUAAGGCUAGAUUAAAGCAAGAUAAGGACGAAGAUAAAACAUGUAUUUAUAAGACAAGAGUAAAGUAUAAGGCAAGGGUAACGCUUUUGAAGAGCAAGAGUGGGCAUGAAUAGGGCAAGAGCGGAGCAUGAGAAAGGCAAUCGUAAGGCUAGGGUAAAGUAAGAGUAGAGAAUGGGUGACACAAGAGCAAGAAAAGAUUAGUGUACCGUUAAAGAAAAAUUAAAGCAAGAAAGCUGGCAAAUAUUCCGAUUAAAUAUUCGGAUAAAACAAUAUAAAAAGGAACUGAGAUAGAUAAGGACUGAUCGAGAUUAAGGCUUUGAGAGAAGGAGCCCCGGUAGCUUAAUAGGUAGAGCAUUCGUCCGGUAAACGAAGGAUGCAGGUUUCGACUUCUGCCUGGGCCACUUUUUUUCUCAUAGUCUGAUAUCUCUUUAAAUUUCUGCAAAGGAGCAAUGUCAGGACUAGAUUCAGGUUAAUCAAACCAAAACUUAAACUCUAUAAAGCCAAUUUCAGGGCAAAAAUGGACAAAUAUCCUACAUUCUCCAAUCUCAUAAUGACCUAUUUUCUAUCAACUCAACUUCUGGUGCUCUAUACCUACUUCAAAGUUUGUCAUACUCAACUCAAAAUCAGUACGAGUUAUCAAUUCAAGCCCUAAAUCAAGGAGAAUUCAACCUUUUUUCAACAACUACAGUAAUAAUUACAGUAACCGCAGAUACUAACCGUCAAAACUGUCAAUUUCCAUAUUCUUACAACCUCAAAAUUCUGGAAAAUCAACGGAUUCAGAAGCCGAUGGCUACCGUGGCUUCUGUAAAAGACAACAAAUGUGAUUACAGUAAACUUGUGUAUAUAUUGAAAAACAAUUUCACCAAGUUUACUGUAAAUUCAUCUACUGGCGACAUCUUUAUGGAUUCUGAAUUGAAUUCUGAAGCCAAAAAUUUCUACGAACUACAAGUUACCGUGGUAGAAAUUACCGAAUUCAUAUCAUAUACUACAGUAAUACCAGUCACAAUUACAGUAGAAGACAUCAACGAUAAUAGUCCAAAGAUUACUGUAACUGAAUUUGAUCAUUACAUACCUAACAAGGUCAAUAUCAACCAGAUAUUGUAUGUUGUGAAUGCAGAAGAUGCAGAUAGGUCUUCGAAGAAUAAGUUACAGUAUGGAAUUGGUGGUGAAGAUGGAGAAUAUUUUAAUAUUGACAACUUUGGAGCUAUCAGAAGUAGAGAAGAGAAGUUGAUAAAAGCAAAAUAUGAAGUUACAGUAACUGUUGAGGAUCAAGAUGGGUUGAGUGAUAGUGUGGAUCUGAACUUUUACACUGCUAAUCCAGAGAAGUUUGUGGUCGAGAAAGUAAGUUUUUAUUGAAAAAUUGAAUGCCCUGCCGUAUUUUACUUUUUUUACACUUAUUUUUGAAUGAACAACUGAUAGCAAGCAAGAAUUUAUGUUAACGUAAGACCUAAAGCUAGGGCUAGAGCUAAACGUGAUGCUAAGACUAAAGCCACCGGCUAAAGCCUAAAAUGCUAAGCACUAAGGUUAAGCACAAAACCUAGACGCUAGAGUUAGACGUUACGGCUGAGGCUGUAAGACUACGAUUAAGAAUAGAACAAGAGGCUAAGGCUGAAGGCUGGGCUUAGACUUAGGUUCAGGCUCAGGCUCAAGCUCAAGCUCAAGCUCAAGCUCAAGCUCAAGCUCAAGCUCAAGCUCAAGCUCAAGCUCACGCUUAA